GUCAGCAGUAGCUGCCUGUGGUUUUGGUGGUUCUAACUUUAGUGGUGGCUAUGGUUAUGGUGGCUCUGGUGACUCUGGUUUUGGUGGAUUUGGCUUUGGAGGUUCUACCUUUGGACAUGUCGGUGGCCAAGGUGGAGGCUUUGGAGAGGACCAGGGACUUCUCUCUGUCAAUGAGAAGUUAACAAUGCAGAAUUUAAAUGACCGCCUGGCUGCAUAUCUUGAGAAGGUUCGGUCUUUGGAGAAUGCCAAUGCUGAUUUGGAGAAAAAGAUCCAUCACUGGUAUGAAACACAUGGUCCCAAACCAGCCCAGGACUACAGUCAUUACUACAAAACAAUUGAAGAUCUGCAGAAAAAGAUCCAUAUUGCUUCUAUCGAUAAUUCCCGUGUUGUCCUGCAGAUUGACAAUGCCCGGCUGGCAGCUGAUGACUUUAAACUCAAGUAUGAGAAUGAACUACACAUGUGCCAGUCACUGGAAGCUGAUAUCAAUGGUCUGAAAAAGGUCCUGGAUGACCUGACUCUCUCCCGAAGUGACCUGGAGUCCCAACUUGAACAUCUGAAACAGGAGUUGGCUGCUCUGAAGAAGAACCAUGAAGAGGAAAUGAAGGCAUCUAGCGGACAUCUCCAGGGUAACAUCAAUGUAGAUGUCAAGGCAGCACCAGGAAUUGACUUGCAAAGAGUGCUUGGUGACCUCAGACAUGAAUACGAGACACUCAUGGACAAAAACAAGAAGGAGAUUGAAAAUUGGUAUCAUGAACAGACUGUGGAGCUGAAUCAGCAGUUGACUAAGAGCACGCACGAAGUCAAGACAACUCAAUCCCAGAUUACAGAAUUGAGACGCACUGUUCAGACUCUUGAGAUUGACUUUCAGACACAGUUAAGCACGAAAGCUGCUUUGGAAAGCACCCUAGCAGAGACAGAGGGACGUUACUGUAUGCAGCUUUCACAAAUCCAGGGGCUUAUACAGAAAGUGGAGUCGGAAUUAGCAGAUAUCCGCUGCGAGACAGAGAACCAAAGUCAAGAGUACAAAAUUCUUCUAGACAUCAAGUCUCGUCUAGAGCAAGAGAUCAGCACCUACCGCAGCCUGCUCGAUGGACAGGGCACUCAGUCCCACAAGGGUUCCUAUGACCAGUCAUACUCCUCCAAUUACUCAUCAGGUUCCCAUUCGGAUAGUCAAGGAGGCUCCUAUAAUAGAAUCCAGACUGAGGACAGCCACGGAAAGGGGAUCUCCACCCGAGAGCAAAGCUAUUAUUCUGGAAGAAGAUAAAAUGUUUUCCACUACAAAACAGGCUCCUGUCUUCCAAUGCUGGCGGCUUAUAAAUGUAUCUAACUUAUCUAUGCUGUAUAUCAAACUAAUUUCUGCAUUUUUAGCAUUUGAAAGAAGUCACACCAAUGUAGCCCAGUGCCCACAGAUCAGUUUAUUAAUUUUAAAAGGGAAUAUCCACACAAUUAAUUUAAAAAAUAAUAAUAAUUCUAAUUAAACUGAUAUUCCUUUUAAUAUUAUUACAAUUUGUGCAGCAUUUUGAAGAAGAAUUAGGUGUGUAUUGAUGUUUUUCUAACAUAGUUCUGGAAGCUUUAGGCUGACAUUCAUAUAAAGUCAGUCUCAUCUCUUUUUUCAUGAUUCACGAGCCCCCUACCUACUGCCUUACACUAUUACCAGCAUAUGGGCAUGUGAAUGGGACCCAUUGGUUCCUGUACUUUGUACCCACUAGAAUUUGCUCUGCCUCCAGGUUACUACAGUGUUUCCAGUGCUGCUUGUAUUGUUUACUUGUGUCCAUCACAACUGAAUGCACGUCACUGGAGUGUCCUCUUCCCCAAACCGCGGGGACUUAUUAACUACUUCUGAUUCAAAAAAGUUAUUCAAAAAAUGGUAGAAUGUCUUAUUAAUAGUCCCAGAACAUGACAUGUAUUUAUUCUGCAAAUGCUAUAUUCAGUGCAUAUACAAACAUGCUGUACACUUCCAUAGUAGAAUAUAUAUCUGUCCACAUGCAUGGGUCUUCUUUAUGUCUAAUAAAG